GACACCCGACAACGACCAAGGGAUAUAAUACAUUAACUAUUCUUUCUGUUUCCAGCCACAAUUUCUUAUUUUCAUACUGUUAUACAGAAUAUAACUUUGAAUCUUCCAGCGGGGGUAUGCUUUAAAUAAAGUUUAAUGUAAAAAAAAAGGAACGGCGAGGAAAAAGAGGAAGAAGGGAAGAAAGUGGAUGACGGAAAGAUCAGCCAUCUUCGUGAGGUCGAAAUCUGCAGUGCAGGGCUCAUGGAGAAUGUUGCCACUUGUCAUUUAGUUUUAACCUUCACAUGCACUCCUACUUCACCAAACGUAUUGUAUGUGGAUGAUCCUGCCCAUAGCAACAGCAACAGCCACUCAACUGUACUCUGGCACAAGAUGCCAAGACAUUGCUCAGCAGGUGGCUGCAAAUCACGGGACAAUCGUGAGACCCGUAAUGCUGGUAUCACAUUUCACAAAUUACCAAAAGGAGAAACUCGGAGGAACCUUUGGAUCACCAACUCCCACCGUACAGACUCCUGGGAUCCUCAGACUGACUUUGUCUACUUUUGCUCCAAACACUUCACCCCAGAGAGUUUUGAACUGACUGGAUGCAGUGGGAUCAGAAGACUGAAGGAUGACGCAUUUCCUACAGUGUUUGAUUCCUUUUCAACAACCAAAGGCAAAAGACCAGGACCACUGCAGAAACAAGAAGACAUUCCUGUCAGGAAAAGUUCCUGCUCAGGUCACCAGCAGAACACUCAGUUGACAGAGAAGGGUGAACCUUCAGAAGAACCAGCAGAUCAGAGGCCAGUGGCAGUAGCUCUGGAGACUAAUGAAAACAUACCUGUAUCUUCUCAAGAGUCAUCAGGAGAGGAGCAGCUCUCGCAGCAAGAACCAGUGUCUAGACCCCUCUCUCCAUCACGUUUCAUGAGGCGCCUACCUCCUCCUCCAGGCUUCUACCUGUCAAAGGAACACAGCUAUGCUCAGCUCUGCCCCCUGUUGUGGAGGAGACGUUACUACCAGGCUAUUGACUGCCUCGAGAAAGCCUUGCGGCAACUGCACGCAGCCAGGCGAAGGGAGAACCGCCUGCGGAGUACUGUGUUAAGGUUCCGUGAUAAACGACUGAAGCAGGCUCUGCUUGUGUCACAAGAUGAUUGUAAAAAUAGGGGAAGCUGGACACCAGGGGUGGAGAAGAGACGAGGCAAAGGAGGCUAUAACCACGAGGAGAGUGAGAUAGGUGCUAAAUCUGAGGAUACACAGGUGUUUGAGGACACGUGUGUGGAUCAAGUGGAGUUGGGUGGUCAUUUUCUGCCACACACCAACAGCUGGUCCGAAGAGGGGAGAGGAUAUUGCUUUUACUGUGGAAGAGAACAGGUCGAGGUUGGUGGUCAGGUAGCACGCAAAGACACAAAGACUGGGAAAGAUACUCUGCCCACUAUGCAUAAGGAGUCCCUGAAGAUUCAGAGAAGUGUUGAAACUGGUAUGUGUAGCACAGCUGAAAAUGACAAAAACAUACAAGUAGUCAGGCUGGAAAGACCACCUGUGAAAAAUGUAGAAAGCAAUGACUCUUAUAUAACAAACUCAAUGUCUCUGACUGAUAUUCAAAAGCAGUUUCAACAGAGGCAGUUGCUGUCUGAUGUGUGUGAAGGGGAGAAUGAAGCUGUAGGCCAGGAGCAUCACCUGGACCUGCAGCAACAACUGUUUUGGAUAGAGGACAGUGCUGAGGGACAGGUCAUUCUGGUGCCUGUCUCUGCUGAAGAUGGAUUACAAAGCAUUCUGAAGAUGGAGGGAGUCACUGAUGAAGCACAAACCAUACUGGUGUCAGAAGUGGAUCUUAAAGGAGAUCUGGCACAAAACAGUGGAGGUCUAUCCAGAGUUGAAACGGCCUGUAAUGGUGACCAGAAUUCUGUUGUCAACAUUACAUCAGUGGAAAUGAGAGAAGAUGUGAGGGAGAAACUUAAAGAACACCUGGAGGGAUUUCACCUUCAGCUGAGCACUGAGUUUCUACUCUGACCAGAUGUUUUGAGUGGGCACAACAGGGUUGUUUUGUUACCUCAGUGCCAAUAACCAAAUAAUUCAUUUGUGCAGAUGUUUUUGGCCAGAAUAAAUUUAUGUGCUGUGUAAUGUGUAGACUAAGGGCCUGUGUCUAUGUUGCAUUUUUCUUUCUCUGGCAGAAAAUCAUUGGCAGUACACUGGGAAGACAAAAAAAAACAGCACAUGUUGGUUUGGUUGGUUUUGACUGACAUUAGAGAAGAGAAGUGAAGAACUUUUUUGAUUUUACAGCAGAGAAAUUCACUUGC